AUGGAUAACAUAAAAUUAUCGGAAGAAUAAUUUAUUAAUAUGCAAGAGUCAUUCAUGGCAUUUAAUAGAGUUUUUGGAAUUUUUUUUGGUGUCAAGGUAAAACUUAGAUUUAGUUAAGAAAAAUAAAUUAAAUCUAAUUGCAACAAUUCUAUUGAUUUUAUUCGUUACGUUGCUCUAAAUAGUAUUUGUAUUUCCACUUGCUAUUUUAAAAGGAUAUAUUAUUUUAAAUACGAUAUGUAUAGUUUAUGGUUUUACACCAAUUACUUUUUUAAUAUUGACAGCAAUUACAGGUAGUUUUAAAAAAUUUAUUUUUAGAGCCUGGAGUGAUAUUAAAAAAAUAAAUAAAUGAUAAUUAAGAGCCUGAAAGUAGAUUAACAGAAAGUAGUGACGAAGCAAUUUCAAUUGAAAAUAUGAAUAAAUAAGAAGAUUUGCCUAAAAUUUACAGAACCAGAUUUUGUUCAACUUGUAACAUAAAAAGACCACCAAAAGCUUCUCAUUGUAGAUAUAAAAUUAAUAAAAAGGUCGAGAAUGUAAUCAUUGUGUUGAUGGAUUUGAUCAUCAUUGUUAUUGGGUUGGAACAUGUAUAGGAAUUAGAAAUUGGAGAUAUUUUGUUUAUUUCUUAAUAGCAGCUUUUAGUGCUCCUCUUUUGGCAUUUUUUGUAGGAAUUGUUCUUUGUAUUUAUCAUUUAAAAUUUAUAGUUAUUAAUUAAUUUUCUUUAGCAANUAUGAUGAAAAUAAUACUUUGA